GUCCCGAGCAGUGCAUGUUAAAUUGUCGGGUCGGACUCUCUCACUAACUAUCAACUUAUAAGCGAGCUCAUACUAUCGUGGUAUGUCGAUACUAUCGCAACCGUUCCUAUUGCUGACCUCCAUAAUCGACGGCCCAGUAUCAGUUUUAAUUCCGCGACGAGCCGACGUGGUUGUGAACCCGUAUAGAAAUAUUAAUCGCUUGAGCUCCAACCUUUACCAGUGAUUUACGGAACGUUUUCGCGCAGUUUGUGCGCAAAUAAAGUGUGUAAAGAGUAUUUGUACAAUGAAUCAACAUAAGAAGCCAGCUGAUGAUUUGUACAGCCAUAAGUGUAAUGUAUUAUGAGUUGUGUGGUACCCGGCGUCUGCCCAAUCGUUCGAUCAUGGCUCAAUGAAAUCUCUAGACUACUGGUUUGAACCGACUACCGGUAAUCAAUCUUUGGACGUUUUAUGUGUGUAAUUUAUUCAGUUUGGUGUCUUUUCCAUGAACUUGUGGUUCGAUUUUAGACAUCUUUGCAGGAGUGCUUAAUUUGCCAGUGUUCUAUUUAAUCACACAAACUAUCGUAAGUUUGUAAUCUUUCUUCAGAAUGUUUGGAAAACGCCCAUUGGAUAACACACUUCAGGCUCCGAACGAUGGAAGCGCACCCGGACCAAGUAAAAAAACCAAAGCAGACCCCAAGCGACGAACGUUGCAAUGCUUCACUCACGGUAUAGCGUAUCAGGUGAAGCUUCUGGUGCUUUUCACACAAACGCUAAACAAACAGAUGCAACAAGAUAAAUCCAUUUUCUGCAACCUAAAAAGUGAGGAUCCCGAAGGAGGCAAAUUUGAUGAUUUAUUAUUUGAGUAUGAGUAUGGCGAUCAGAAAGGGAAUUUCUUCUUCCAAGCCAAACACAAAGCUGACCCCAACCAGUACCAGAUAACGCUGAAUGACCUAAUAACGACGAGGCAAAACGACGCACCCUUUGCAAUUGCUCCGCUCUUUCAAAGUUUUUACGAUAAGCUACAGCAUGGUAGCGAUGAUGUAGAGCCUGUGCUUAUGCUCUGCACAAACGCCGAUCGAUCGCCGGAGGUACAGGAGUUAACGAAACCUUACACGUUCGCUUUCAAAUGGUUAGAGGAAACAUUCGGUUCGAUCGCGGACUCAAACACGAGCUUCGGUCAAAUUGAUCUAGACAAAUUUAAACAACUUAACAAAUAUACACAAUUCUAUCGCUCGUUAAGUGAAUGUUCCGAAUGCAUGCGUCUCGCUGGUGCACUGGCGGAUGCAAUUUAUAAUCGCAAACCAGUUACCCUCAAAGAUCCACUGUUCAGCAAGUAUUGCAAAGCCAUAGUGGAGAAUAUCGUUGAUGUUAGCAGGAGCAUAAAAAAAGAUUCCUACAAAAUUAAGACUCAAUUUUUUAAUUCAAACGAUCUGUUCCUGGAACAGUUCAAGCAGCAGUACGAACAACUGGAUGGAAAAGUUGAUGCUCUAAAGGACGCAGAAGACAAAGGCAUAUGCUGCUCGAAAGGAUUUAUUGAACGUGGCAGUGAUAGGUUUGAUUACAGCAGCAAUUCAUACUUACCCGUUGAUACGGUAUCAAAUGCGCUGGUGGAAAAGUUUUUCCAAUCAUUUGUUCUCAUCACUGGCACGCUGAAUGAGGUACAGCUGACGGAGGAGUGCAAAAAACAGUUCGAAAGUGUCUCAAUGGUGGAAGGCGGCUGUGCGCAUGGUAUGGUGUUUGAAGAACUAUUCAACUACGUAAAGGACCCGGAUCCGGAACCUCUGGAGAAUGAGCAGAUUGAACGGAUUUGGAAAACAACAUUUUAUCAGCUGCAAUUUCUUCAGCUGAAAGGAUUCACCGUGAGCCGUCAACAGGAGCUUGAGAAGUUGGGUCUUCGUCUGCAGGAGUCAAAGGUGAAGGCGACUCCGCUAUAUCAAGAGUUUCUGGCUCGCAUGUCAGCAAAUAGCAGUCCGAGCGUUAAGGAGCAUGCUUACGAUAUGUUGGUAGUGCAUGAAAUAAUCAAAGCUGGUUUGACGGAAAUUCGAAACCCAUGUGAAUUCCUUAUCAUCCAGGAAAGAACGUUCGAACAAUGGCAGGACACGGUAGAGAGUGUGCUAUGCUGGUUGACUGCUCCACUUGUACUGAUCAUAGAAGUUCAGAACGAGUCAAAAAAGCAUGAGCUGGUGAAAGUUCUUAAAAAAGUUAAACCCAAGCAAAAACAUUCCAGGAUGAUCAUAAUAUUAACUCAAGCUUCCGUAAUCAGCCAGGAGAAUAUUAACGUAAGCUGUUUAAGUGAUCAAUCUUAUGCAGUACUUGAUCAACGUCAGUUAACACUCCAUGGAACGAUCGUAUCGGUACGUGAUCUAAUCAGGGAUAUGGACAAACUAUCGUUUUUAAUUUACUUGCUCAGUUUGAAAGAGCUUUCGUUAAGCUUAAAUCAGGAGCGCUUCUCUACAUUGAAGGAUAAAUAUGUAACGCGAGGAUUGAUACAGGAUGAUAACCCUAACGAGAUCGAUCUGAAUGAGGUGGAAAGUAAAAGGAUAGUCAUUUUAGACGCUCCAGGAAAUGGCAAAUCUUCGUAUAUCACCUGGUUGGCGCAGCACCUUGAAACGAAAAACUCUGAACAGUGGAUUUUACGAUUCAAUGCAAUUGAGUAUUCCUAUGAUCUAAAUGAAAUUGCGAAAGAAUGUGAGACUAACGCGAUGACUGAAUUGCGUGCAGUGCAAAUUCUAUUCCAGUUCGCUUACAUGACCGCACAGCUAGGCAACAUUCAUCAAAGCUCGGAUGUGACGACGACGUCCCAACGACAAACAGCCAAAAGCUGCGCAGAAGCAUUGCGCAUUGAAAAUGGUGCAUUUGUACUAGAUGAAACGAAAGCGGUCGCAUUUUCCCACGAGCAACUAACACUGUUGAGACUGUUCGUUUCCAAACUAAACGGACGAAAUAUGAUUAUUUUCUUCGAUGGGUUUGAUGAAGUUUCUCCCAAUUAUGAAACUGUUGCCUUGUCACUGCUUUCCAUGCUGGAUCGUCUUGAUGGGAUUAGUAGGAUGUGGAUCGCAAGCCGUCCAUACAAGUUGCAGGCCAAAUUCAAACAAGCAUUGCGAGAUGUUUGCUUUCUGCAGGUUGGGAAGUUUUCAGAGGAGGUUCAGCUAACAUACUUGAAAAAUAGGCUGCGAAGGAUAACACCUUAUACGGAUGAGAAUAAAGUAACGAGAAGUAAACUAAUGGAACUGUCCUUAAAAUUCCUUACAAAUAUUGAAGAUUACAUAGGAGAGCUUCGUCAGCAGUUCCUAUUUUUUGAGAUGAUGUUUGAGGUGUUGAUAAAAGAUUACUUCUGCCCCGCGACUUUAACGCUUCAGAUGGAUGUUUUGCACGGCUAUAUGAAAGGCAUGGAGCUAACACAGCUAAUAGAGAGAUUCAUCAAGCUAAAGCUAGAAAUCGUCGAUACAAGUAAAAUGGGCUCCACCGACGCGGCUGCUGCUACCGUCGAGGCACAGAAUCGUGCAGCAAAACGGGCGCACGAAGCUCUUCAGGGGCACAUGGCGUUGGGAUAUUAUGUAUUCGCACACUUCUAUUUGAGCAAACGGGUAAUAGAUCCGCAAGACAGUGAGUUUGAUGCGGAUGCACUCACGAAAGCGAAGGAAUAUAUGCAGGAGUUGCAGACUGCGAACGAAAAGACGGGCCUGGUAGAGCGCAUCGUCGACGAUCGUCCAAUAUUUGUGCAUCGUAUAAUUGAGGAAUAUUUCGCCAUGCGGCAUCUGUUCGAAGGUAGAGCGAAAGAGUCGAAUACGCGCCAUGUACGUUUAUUUUACGCAGAGCUACGUAAGUUUAAUUUUAACUGGAGCUACGGUGAUAUGAUGGACAGAUUCUCGAUUAUGGAUGGCAACAAUGUGUUACCGCUCCAUUUGACAGUGCUCGAAACGGACGGAAGAGCGAUCAAGCGAAUCCUGGACACGGAUCCAGACGCCAUCGAGAAGCGAGACGCAUUCGGGCGAACCGCACUCCAUUUGGCCAUGUUUCGGCUGGCAAUUCACCAACAUAGGCCCAUUUUAGAGCAGAUGAUCGCAUUGGCUGCGGAACGUCAUUGCAUUCAGGUGCAGGACACUUUGUUUGGCUGGCAGGCGAUAGAUUACGCACUGAUGGUAGAAAGCUUGGAGAUGGUUCGAGCCUUGAGUUUAAAACAAGGCUACUUGAAGGAUACUGUUGAUUCGCGGCUGGUGUUGGCGUUGAAAAUAUUAAACACAUUGGCGUUGCGCUGCAAUGAUGGCGAACUAGAGCAACAUAUUCUGUGCCCACUGUUAUCGAACAACUAUUUGCGUCCCUAUUGCCUACACGAGUGGCAUGAUAAGGCCCCCGAGACAGCUGAAUAUGCGGGUGCCACGUACUGCCUGCUUGAUGCAUGGCGUUUCCUACCCGAACCCAGCUGGGUUGUUCAGUUCAAAGGGCAAAGUGAUAACAGUAAUUCGAGUUUAAAGCGGCUAGUGGCGAAUUUUUCCGGAACGUUUAUGUCCCGUAAUAGGCUAUUUUUUGUGUGUCGCGAACAUAUGGGACUGAUGGCAAGGCUCGAAAAGAUGUCUGAGAUGCCGCCCAAAUAUAUCGACAUACGCGUCUACGUCGAUGAGCCUAGUCUAAUUGGCGACCUGCGUGGGCUGGACUCUACCGUUGUGAAUGGUGCUUUGACCCGUUUAAAGAAUAGAGCGUUAACGAAUCGGGUAGUACACGUUUUGCUAGUGUUAUUUUAUGGUUCUGAAGAUGAUGAUACGCUCGCAUAACAGAGCGAUCCUCUUUCCAGAUGCAGACUUUCAAGACUUAUUAGUACCGCGCAGCUAGAUAGUCAGUCUUUGCUAGAAAGGAAUGGUCCAUAUGAGACUUGAACUCAUGACCCUGCGAGGUGCUCCUGCCUAUUUUCCCACAUCUGGUACAGCUUCUUUCAGCCGUCCUUAAGAGGCUUCAGACGCUUGCGCAAAAAUUUGUCCUGCUGGUAUUCGGACGUCAAGCCCUCGCCGAAGUCCAUCAAGACUUCUUGUAGUCUUCCGUAAAGUUGUCGAUCUCCUUAUUUGCUUUCAUUUUAAUUCGGUAGUCCUUUUUCAUAUGGUCUUUGUUUUCACAGCUGUGAUACUUUUCGCUUCCAUUUCUUAUUCGAAUGUCUGCAACGAAUGCAGUAGGCUUCUCUUUGAAAUUUUCCUUUCUAUUCUAGCGUUUACAUUCGUCGCCUAGCAACCGAGUCUUCAUCAACUUAUAAGUUAGUUCAGAUUCGGGUAGGAUUUCCCAUGCAGUCAUCAGGGGGUCGUAGGUUACCGGAAGAAUUAACCUCAAGCCCAAGCAGACUAUGCUGCCGUAUCAGGUCCUCAAGUUGUUGAAGGUUGAAGGUUUAAGACGAGCGAUUUGGUUCCUUGCCAUCUGCUUUUCCGAGGUCUUCUUGGCAAAUGUAUUUUUUGAGAACAUUCCACAUAUCCUUCGUCAUGGCCAUCUUCUUAAUAUGUCCCAAGUACUUACCAAAGAUUAAACUCGCCAGCAUUGACUUGGCCUUGGCGCUGCUCCAUUGCUGCUAACUUGGUCACUUCACUAGCCGCUUCUGAAACAUCCUUCACUACAGCGUCCCACACCUUCGAGGUUUCGGAAAAUAUGGAAUUCCGUUAACCGCCACUUAUUGCUGCUUGCCUGGACCGUAUCUAAAGAGAUCCACGCUUUUUGGUUGCUUUGUUAAGACUGACUAUUACAUUAUGCUAUUACAGCUUACUAAGAUCGGCUGUACUAUUCGCGAUUGCUAGAGGAGUUGCUACUGUAGUAGGAGUUGCCAGCUGUCCAGGUGCAAACAUUACAUUCGCCAAAGUAAAUACAUUGAUACAAUAAAAAUCCCCUAGCACUAAAUUUGGAAAUAAAAACACACACUUAACGGUUAUUAUUAGUAGAAAAGCUUUUAUUUUGCUUAAAAUGUUUCGAAUAAUGUUUCAUACGAUAUUCGAAUAAUGGUUCAUACCUUUAGCAAAUAUCAUAACAUAGCUGUAUUAAAAUCUCAAGUCUCCUGUCUUUUUUACGCCGUUGAACCUUCUUCCUGCGAUGGUUUCAAUACAAUACAACAGUACACUCGCAGAGUAAAGAGGCACCCGAUGUAUAGAGCCGUUUAAAAAAGCGAUACAACAACUAAAUAUACUUUACACGUGAGCAUUAAGGUUUAAAAGCUAUAUACCGCACUGUUAGCUAUCGCUGCCGGUUGCUGUUUUCCCGAAACUGCUGCUGAUACAACAAGGACUUACAUAUGCUGACGAAAGGCUAAACUACACAUAAGGCGCAUCCGUUUCCGUUCAGGCCACAUUCGUUUGCAACAAUCUUAAGCUAAAGCUAAACUGCCGGCAACCAUCAGCUCAUCCGGUUGCAUACACACUUUGUGCAUCGUAAUCUGGUGCCAUUAGAUCCCGUUUCUACUUUGUUAGUACAACUGGCCACUUGCACUACUAAAAUACUGUUUUUUAUGUUGUAAAAUAAAAACCGACCGUUUUACAAUCACAACUUCUGAACACGCUUCUCAUGCGGGAAACGGUUUUACCAAUUUCCUGCGCUUUCUCACACCAUCGCUUGACGAUAAAAGCUUACGGCAACUAUGGAACGUGUCGGGACCGAGCAGUGCUGCUUCACGCACGGCCCCAACGGCGGGGAAUGUGUAGCACGGGGAAAAGAGAGUUUUAGAGAGAUUUCGAGACGGGGUGGGAGAGGGCGAUUUUCCUUUUUUUUUUUGUUUCAUGUGUCGCGCGCACCUUUAGAGAUUUGGGCGAGAUCGGAACAGCGGAAUCGCUGGUGCGCUUCCCGCUUCAAUUCCAGUUCCAUCCGCGGACGGGCAGAUGCACGAUGCGGUGCUAGAUCUGCUACCUAUCGGCGCUGCCCUCCUUCACGUUGACCACGAUCACGUUUUCGUCCGCCGCAUCGGACAGAUAAAAUCAUAAGGUCGUGUCGACAUUGCUGUUACUGUCGGACGUUGGGCCAUCGGGCGUGUUUUGCGGGGGUUUCUUCUCCGAACCCUCCAGAUCGCCCGUGCUGCGGGUCAGCUCGUCGAGCAGCAUGUCGGUAUCGAUCAGCCCCAGCACCGCUUGCUUGCUGAUCGAGCGUGCCAGCAGCCGCGUUUUGCGCUCCAGCUGCUCCUUCUCCGUCUCCUCGUUGUUGAACGUCGUCGUGACGCGGUCCGUUUCAUCCAUCAUGCCCUGCAGUGCCGUCGAGGACGCUACCAUCGGCACGGCGUCCGGAUCGGUCGGACUCAGCGGGACAUAGUUGUGCUCGAAGCGUCCCGUUUCGGGCGCGGAGGCGGAAAGCAUUGCGUCCCCACCACACGGUGGCGUUAGCUGCGAAUGAUGGAACCCGUGGGCGACGGACGAUUGCGUACGAUUGUACGCCUGCUGCGGCACAUCGACCGGUUCACUCGGUUUCGGCGGUCCGUGCUCGAACAGACUGGCUGCGGUUGGGCGGGAAUCGUUGUUGCCCUGCAUCGACGUAAUGGUCAGCUGCUCGUCCACCUCCUCGAUCACCUGGUCGGUGAUGCGCAUGCUGCCCAUCGCCCGGUCCGGUAUGCGUCCACCGGCCAGAUUGUUCGAGCUGGCCGAGCCGGGGAACUUGAAUGGGACCGAACCGGCCGCGUCCGGGGUCGCACUGUUCGGGCGGCUCGAUUCGUCCUUGCUGAAGAACCGCUUCAGCGCCGAGGUGACCGUGUUAACGCGGGACAUCGUACCCGCCACGCUGGCCAGACUGGUGGCUGAGCUGCCACCGCGGUAGAUCGGUUUAUCGGACGUGUUAAAGUGAAUGCCGCUCACGUUAUCAUCCAUCUGGGAGUUGUAAGAAACGUUUGUAAGUAAAAUCGAUCGAGUCAAAUGUUAAUGUAGAAUCAGAAAGUGAAUCUGUUCGGAAUGGUUUUAGCUCCAGCAUGGCAACAAUGUCUGAAGGAGAAUACUUCGUAAAAAUAGUAUAAAACAAUAGUACCCCUCGAUGUAUGCAAUUUUUCUAGCAUUAAUCAUGAAAGUUAUGCAAUUUGCAUUACACGUUACACCAUUUAAAUGGUUUUUUACAGCUUAUUAGUCCCUUUCUAGACAAAAUUGCUUUGAGCAGCCUCUUCAGAAACCAUUCCCGAACCUGUCCACUCUCUGAAUGUUAUAGGUUAAGACAUGAUUAGUAGUGCAGCAGGAUAGUAUGCAUUUAAGGGAAUUUUAAAGGAACCAAAGGUGAGUAGGAUAGGACGACAGAAAGAACCUUAUGUCACACACCGAUGUUAAGUAGUUGCUUGACGUUAUGUUAAGAAAGAAAUAAACAGUCCGCAUGUACUAAAAA